AUGUACCCAAGUAAACAACAGGUGUCAUGCUUUUAUUGUGAAUGGGUCGGACGAAAAGAUAAAGCAAAAGAUCAUUGGAAAAAAUAUCAUCCUGAAGAAAAAUUUAAGUUGAAGAUUUCAGAAAACAACUUGACUAAAUAUCAUUUUCGAAAAGGAGUAACUGAAGAAUCCACAACAAUUCCCAAUGAUGAUGAAAAUAUCGAUAUAUUUGAAGAGCAACAACAAGCAAAUAUUACUUUAUUGCCUCCAUGUCUACCAACCUCAACAUCAACAGUAUCAACAAUGAAUAAUCCCACACUGCUGUCAACAACAAAUCUAUUACAUACACCAUCAGUUCCAAAUGCAACAUCAGAUAUAAAUACAUCGUCAGGUCCUACAGAAAAAUUUAAAAUUGGUGAAUUCUAUGCAAGAUCAAUUGACAUUCAUGGCACAACAACUUACGAAAAUUAG